UUUGUUUUUCACCAUCAGUUCAUUGGACGGCCUUAACAAGUUUAUAUAUACUAAGAAAUACCUCAGGUCCUGUUUAUACAUUCUUAUGCAUUGAGGAAACGUGCCACUUACAACGAUGGAUGACUACAGGUUGAUAUUGCUAGUAGUACUGACUUUUUUGACAUCACAGACGCAAGGAUCAAUCUGUAAUAGUGCAGGCUCUAAAUUCUUCUCUCCUCGAGUUUACAAAGAGAAGUGCUACUAUCUAUCAACAUUCUCUCCUAGGAACUACGACGAAGCGAACACCUACUGCGACAAACUUGGGGGCUACUUAGCUGAACUUGACGACUGGGAUGAGCUCCGCUUCGCCCAGAACGUCGUACUGACGUCAGACUGCGACAUCGUCUACAUCGCCGGCUCAGACCGCGCACAGGAAGGCAGAUGGAUCUUCCCGAGAACGGGGCAACCAAUUCGAGUGUUUGACUGGAAGACCAGAGAGCCCAACAAUCUCGGAAAUGUUGAGAACUGUCUCCACCUCUGGAAGUCCUACGACGCUAAAAUGAAUGAUUACGUCUGUGAGUUCACUAAACAAAAGAGUUACUUCCUUUGCGAAGUGUAAAUUUAUAGACGUGUCUCGAAUUAUCUGAUUGGUUGUUUAGAUAUUUCUUUCUGCAUUGAAAUUGGUGGUAUAUCAAAAUAAAUUGAUUUACUUUCAUUAAAAAGUUUGUAAUUAUCGACGUAGUCCAAAAAAGUCAUUUGAAUUUUAAAUAGUGUUUAUUAUUAAUAUUGUUUAUGUACAAUAGAUGCUUAUCUACAGUUGGAAAACAAAAUUUAUAUUAUUAUAAUUACCUAUAUACACAAAACGGCAACAAUUUGGAAAAACUUAUAUUAAGUGUUAUUGUAUCAAUUAGUAGGUAUCAGUAAUAUGAUUAAAUUUGUAAAAAAAAAAUUGUAAAUAAUAAAUAAUAAUAAAUCUGUGCGAUUAGAAAUAUUUUACCAAUUGUUUAGUUUAGUUUUUAGAUUUCUCAGUGCGCUACGAGCACACCAUUAGUCUGGAAAGGGGGUGGGGGGACAGAGGGUAUUUGGAUAAAUGUUAACGUGAUCGCUUUAAAAAAAAAGUUUUACGAUUUGAAUUCGAUCUCAGGGCUCAUGCCUCCUCAGGGAGACUAAUUCAUCUUAUACCGCAAUAUCUGUAAAAUACUAGUUCAUUCUCUUGUUCGAUACAAACAAAAUAAUUACUAAUUGUUAAUUAACUAACUGGUUAUAUUUUUUUAUUGAUUCUUGUGUUGUAAAUAUACACGAAUUAACUGUGCAAAAUUUCUGUUUAAUCCAAGAAUGGGUGUGGGAGAAAUAACAUGUACAAACUUUUUACCAGACAGAAAGAGUGAAUAUAAGCUACCUAAUAAAAAAAUUCUAAUCGCACUGAUUUUUUUUAUUUAUAAUGUAGAUCUAUUUCCACGUUCACUUCAAGAGUUGAUUGAUACAAUUACUCUUAAUAAAAGCUUUUUUUUAAAA